UGAAAAAAGAAACUUCAAUGUUUCAGUUUGCGCGAAGGCAGCGUUGAGCGUAGAAGCAAAUGUAGUUGUACGCACAGGACGGCAUAGGUGGCGAAAUAUUCGGUUGAUUGAAAUUAUAAUACGUGAUUACGCGAUUUCAAUUAAAUUUCACACGAGUUUACAUGGAAUAGCGCACUAUCGACAAAAGAGUUCUAAACGUGCAUACAUACAUACGUACAUGUAUUGUGGUUUGUCUGAACUAAGAAUGAAAGUAUGUGAUUCCGAGAAACCGUAUCAAUUAUUUCAUUGAUAUAUUUUCCAAAUAUGCAAAUAUGAGCAAAUUAAAUCAGUUGAUAAACGCGAAAGCGCAUUAAAUGUUUUAUUCAACACGUAACUACUGUACACAAGCCUUCCGAGCGAAAUAUUUACAUGUGUAGUUGUGCACUACCACAUGCAUAUACGGAAAUCUACAAAUGAAUUUAGCAGCCAGCAGCCCAACUCAAAUGCCCAGAUGUGGCGAAAUAAUUGACAAAUUACAUCAAAACACACACAAAAAACCAAAAACUCAUCAACAAGUAAACGUCAUUUGUUGCCUCUUAUCCCAGACACAACAGAGUCACACUAAUAAAAUCAACAACAAUGAAAUCGAUUUACAGUGGCGCAAAACAACAACUUAGUAGCUGUAUGCAGCACGACAGCGACGAUAUACCACCCGUCAUUUUGGUGGCGAACAACGAUUACAACCACCACCAUCACCACCAAAACAGCUACCAACCACCGCCGACGCUUAACCACCAUCCACGACAUUACGACCACCAGCGCACACAGCUAACAAAUCAUAGUAGUAGUAAUCACCAGACUAAUAAUAAUAACAAUGUAAAUAACAGCUUUAUCACAGCCGUUACGACGCCCAUAACGGGCACAAGCACUUAUGAGACGCUAGAGCGUCCCUUCAAACACGAUCGUCGGCGAGGUCAGUGGUCAGCGACGGCAGAUUUCUAUUUUGCCUGCACGAGCCAUGCUUUCGGCUCGAUUAUCUUCUCGGAGGUGCCAGUCUAUGCAAUGAUUUUUGGCGGAGUUUUCUUCCUGCCAAUGUACUUGACCGCCAUCUUCUUGUAUGCUAUUCCCAUUUUUAUUAUACAAACAUUUUUGGGACAAUUUUCUACUUCCGGGUUAAUAUCGGCAUUCCGUGUGGCGCCACUUUUCAAAGGCAUUGGUUAUUCUAUAUUACUGCUAAAUCUUAUUUCUCUCGCCUAUUAUGGCAUUGUGGCAGCUGUGCCGCUUAUCUACGCUGCCAAUUCCGUUCACGCUGUGAUACCAUGGAUGAGUUGCGAUAACGCGUGGAAUACGCCCAAUUGCUCGACACAUUCAACAUAUGACGCUGAUGAAAUAUCGCUCGAUCCGCACGCGACGGUGGAGUUUUUUCGCUACAUCAUUCGUCCCGACGAUGAUACGACUCAAGAAUAUGCGAUAUCUUGGCCGGUGCUAUGUGGUGUGGUGGGCGUUUGGCUGCUUACUUUGGGAAUACUCCUGAAACGUGUCUCAUUUAUCGGCAAAUUUUUUCGCUGCAUUUGUGUUAUAAUGUUUGCCAUUUUUUUGGCGAUUUUCGUGCAUCUCAUCUGUUACAUCAAACUCGACUGGGACACCUUUACGAGCUACUUUAAACCAACAUUGCAGAGCAGCUUUAGCGGCAUUAUGGGUGGUUUGCGUACAGCGAUUUUCAUGUCCACCUGGCUGCUGGGCCCCGGCUGGGGUAACGUACUAACACUAGCCAGUCAUAAUCGCUUUCACCGCGACAGCGAGAAGCUCACUUAUUGGGUGAGCGGAACGCAUGUGCUGCUCGCGUUCAUGGCGAUGAUUUGUGGGCGUAUCGCUUUCGAUCACUUUGAAGAUCACGUGGGCUUUCUGCACUUCCACUUUGACGAGGAGCACUACAUGCAAUUUCUUUACCUCUGUUUUGCAUAUCUUUUUGGUAGUUUUACAAGCUUGCCAAAUUUUUGGUGUUUUCUAUUCUUCGGCAUGAUUUUUCUGGCGGAGCUAAGUGCAAUUAUAAUCCAAAUGAUGUCUAUUCUAACAGCUUUGUUCGAUGAGUACGAACAUUUGCGAACAAAGAAAUCACGCAUUACAAUCGCUCUGGCUUUGCUGAUGUUGACUGUGUCAAUUUAUUUUUGUACCAAGAAGGGCUUAGAGCACCUGGAUCUACUCCCCAACAUUGUUAUCCUCUCACAUUUGAUUAUCUCGUUCGUUUUAUUGCUCAUGACCACUUGGAUUUACGGGCGUGAACGUUUCCAAUGUGAUCUGCAAUUUAUGUUGGGCAAAACUAUUUCGAGUUUUAAAAUAUUUUUAAUACGAUUUUUAACGCCAGCAUUUUUUGUGCUAAGCAUUAUUCAAACGCUUUAUUUUUUGGAGCGCGACAACUCACCAACUGUUCUUGUUAUCGUCAGUCAGUGUGUGAUAUACGCCAUAGCACCUGCCUAUAUGAUUUAUAAAGUUUGCCAAACUAAUGGCACAUUGCGUAAUAGACUGAAACAAUGCUUUGCACCGCACGACUGGCAUCCCGUCGAUGCUGAUAAUCGACGCUUCUACGAAGAGAUUAUGGGCGUUUCGGAAUUGCUGGUGUUGGAAGGUGGCGAAGAGCACUGCGCUGUGAAUGCUUAAAACAUUACAUGCAAGCAUACACAUAUUUAAUAUGAAUAGAUGUAUUCACCUUGCAGUACUAGCUGGCGACGUUACAAGAAACGACUGUUUAGUUCGCUCUCUAUCCCUCUCUCUCUCCGCUCAUUUCGUUAGUGGUUUGAAACAGGCACAAAAUGGUUUGUGGUGUAGUUCUGCGUGACUAUGUACCAUAGGCUCGAUUUAGGUUUCAUUACCCGUCGGGGACAUGAAAUGUCUAAAAAUAAUAAAUAUAAUUUUCUUAAAGCGAUCAACCCUCAACUGAUAAUGCCUGACCGUCGAGUGCAUUUCUGCCAUGAAAAUUUUCUCAUAAAAAUUAUCGCCGUGUGGAGGCGACAUAGGGCUGUGCCUACAAUGUAGAUCAGUGAGACCAGUCCACCAUGAAUUGGAAGAGAAAUUGAUGCGCAAAACGGCUGGUCUCCCUCAAGCUCUAACAUUAUGAGCAAUUAUGAGUAAUUCUAAUAACUUAAAUUAAUGCUCAGUACUUUUUUUCGAAUUUCAAUAUUAAAAUUCUAGAAAAUGGUAUUUGAGAAUAUAAAAGGAUAGUUUUUCCAAGAAAUUUGGAAAAAAGUUGAUAAUGGGCAAAAUAUAUUUAUUUUUUAUCACUUAUCGUUAUCUGCUCUUUCAUAUUUUUUAUCAAUCUAACUCUCAAAGCACAAAAAGAGCGACACACUGGUGGCUAAAUUAAGUUACCAAUGAGUAUAAAUAAGUUAAUAUAAAGAGUAUCAGACUAAUCCCUUUCAGAUAUAUUUCAAAUAUAAUCGGAGACCUAAACCUUAAAAUGAAAAACCCAAAGUUACUGCUAUGUUUAUCAAAACGGCGCUUUAUUACUACUUGAGGAGUGCCAGACUGGCACUUCAACCAUUUCACCUACCUACCUACUGCUGUAUUCAUUGAGCGGUACAGGUGUCAACAAGUUUUUCAAUACAAGCUCUUACUAAUAAUUCCAUGUAUCAGUCAGUUCCUAGUAGGUAAUUAACAGACCUGUUGAAAGUUACAAGUAACUUCAUCUUAUGGCCCAUCGAGUUACGAAAUGUUACCUUAACCAGCUUGCUGUGGCAACUGUACCCAUCUUAACCUGUUAACCGGGGAAUUAGCUAUUGCUCAACUCGUUUCAGAAUGGGGACUUUUUCUUCGCAGCGAUAAGUAAUAUCACACCUCAAAUAAUAAAGGAAUAUCGUUUUUAACUUAUGGUUUUUAUUUAUUUUGAUAAAAUAUUUUAUAAUUCAAAUGUAUUCAAUAUAUAUAACCACUUUAAGAUUUAAUAGAU